UCAAAGUUAUCGAUGGAUCGAAUUAUACAACCACUUUUGUUGCAUACCAAUUUGGAAGCAAUUAUUCGACUCCAAACGCGAAAGAACAAUUUUUCCCUUUGGCAGCCAUUCUGUUCACAAUUGCCAACCCUCUCGUGAAAUAUCCUGGUCAUCUGAAUGACCGGAAUUACCACCAAAAAAUUGUUCACGACCUAUCGAGCGAGUGAAUUAUUUCUUCCUUUACUAACUGCUAUAUCUCAUUCUAACUACGCUACGCUGGCUAUCACUACUCGUGAAAAACAAUGACUGAGGCAAGUGCCUCGCCUUGCCUGUUACCAGCUAAGGCCCUAAAAGGUCCAUGGUUUUAAACUUUUUGAAGAAUUUUGUAACUUUUCUCAAUUUCAAGCUGCUUAAUGUAGUCUCUGAACAGACUUGUUAUGUCCUUGCUAUCUUGAAUUGACGGAUCGAGGAACGUUCAGAGUGUUUUAAUUCCCACUUGUUGACGGUUUACUGUGCAAAUUAGCUUAUCGUCAAUCUGUUAAUCCUAUUUUGUUGUGUAGGGUCAAAACUGCCCCUCAGUUCUCAGUUGACCCUUUCUUUCUAUUUGACGCAGUUGUUUGACAAAUCCAAAGACUGUUCGCAGCUAAAAAUAAAAAGUUACCUUAUUUGCAGUUGUUUUAUACAAAUCCGCUAAGCAUUUAUAGCAACCCUGACAACGCCAAGCAAAACUGUUCCUGGUUAUGACGUACUUUCGGUAAAUGACGUCAUUCGGACGAGUUUAGCAUCCGUCUACAUAUGGCCAUGACGUGCUAAGGAAGUGAACCAUAACGAGAUGCUCACAGAGAUGUGAAAAUAGCAGCUAAACAGUGGGGUGAAACCAGACUGACUUGCAUUAAAGAUAAGCCGGUGUGCAGAAAAAAAUUGGACUGAUCGGUCGGUAUAAGUUCAAGAUGCCACCGGGUGCUCCGCAACGCAUUGUGGGAUAGUCUCCCCCGGCUAUGCACAGAACAACAGAUCAAAACGCUAAUGGGGUGAUCCAUGGAGCUGUGAGAAGGGUUUCUUCGUCCAGAAAGUUUCAUGAGAGUAGGAAAAUCGAACCAACAGAUAUCGCUCGAAUGGCCAACAGGAAUGUGAACGGGAACGUCAAACAUCAUGAGAUGCUGAAUGGAAAAGUGAGGAAUGUGUCCAAGACUUCUUUAGAUCCGAACACUUUCUUCGAAGCGGCUACGUUGCUUGGUAGUGUAGGUUCGCUAAAAGCUGCUGAGACAACGGAACGAGUUCGGCGCGGGAGUACUUCUUAUGAGGAAGACAUCUAUAAAGGAUUUCCUUUCCCAUUUGAAAAUUUGGUGUUCGAAGGCGGUGGGAACAAGGGAAUGGCUUAUGUUGGUGCACUUCAGGUGUUAGAGACUGCUGGUGUCAUGAAGAGUAUCAAAAGAGUGGCUGGCGCUAGUGCAGGAGCGAUCAUUGCAACACUUAUAGCUCUUGGUUAUGACUCUCGUGAGCUGAGAGAAUUUCUUGAGCAGGAUCUACGAAGAAUUUUAGUAGAUCACAAUUGUGGAUACUGUAGCCUUCUUCCUAACUUGCUCAAGGGAUUUGGAUGGAAUCCUGGAAAGAGGAUGUUGAGAUGGUUUGGUGAGCAGCUUAAAGAGAGGACUGGUGAUAGUGAUAUUACAUUCAAAGAGGUAUGGGAGAGGUUUGGUAAAGAACUCUGCAUCGUUGUUACCAACUUGAAUCAGAUGUCAGUGGAGUACUUUCACCCCAAGACAACACCAAAUACACCAAUAAGAAGAGCUGUUAGAAUGUCAGUUGCACUCCCAGGUGUAUUCCAGUGUGUACGUGAAAUAAACAAUGACUAUGAAGAUGUUUAUGUCGAUGGAGGACUUUUGUGCAAUUACCCGAUUCAUGCAUUUGAUGGUUGGUGGUUGUCCAUGGACCCUAAAGACACAUUUUUCAAGAAACUGCAACCUCUUGAAGACUUUGCAAAGCUCUUUGAAAAGUCAGAGAGGUUUGGGACAUGGAACUCAAAAACAUUAGGAAUAGUUUUGUAUUCCCAUACUGAGACAGAAUUAAUGAAGACUCUGCUUACAGAACGUGAAGGCAACAAGCCUCCAAAACCACCUGUCACCAAACUAGCAAAACAAAGACUUAAAUUGCAGCAUCAGCAAGCCAUAAUGCAUCAGGAACAUCAAACCAUGGUGAAAGCUGUUGGUAGAUUUAUGGCGGAACUACAAAGGAACAAUCUAGAUGAAGACAGCAUUAUUAAUUUAAAAGAAUUAAGAGGAGUUUUUAGGAAUCCUUUAGAGUUUACCAAAGAUGAUGCGGAGUUGUUGUUUGGUCCUGAUGCCGAUUACAAGGCAGCUUUUGAAGAGCUGGAUACAGACGAAGACGGGGAGAUCACCUUUCAAGAAUUAAUGGCGUUUAUUGAGAAAAAGGGGGUAAACCUUCAAACAAGAUUUUUGGGCUAUGCUAGAAAGGAUAUCAAACAUUUAGGAGAGUUUAUACAAACACUACAGACCGCAUUAUCUGUUAAUGUGAAGAGAGUAUAUGUAGAGAAAAAGGACGUCGAGCGAACGAUUGGCAUCGAUACUGAUUACAUUGAGACAAACGACUUCAAUUUGGAGCCUGCCGACAAACUCUUCCUCAUUGAAUCUGGUAGAAGAGCGACCAAGGCGUUUCUUCGAGAGUACAAACAACGCUUGGAGAAAGAGAGGGAGAAACUAAACGCAUCUAGCAUUGCUCCCCAACAAUCAAGAGUAACUGUUAAGGUUAGAUGUGCCUCAAACUCACCAGAGACUUCAACAAAGGUCUCACGAGAUCGCUUGGACUCUUCUAAUUCACCCAGUGACAAACAGCGCAAUUCUGUGACUUCAGUCACGUCAUUAGAAUCAAGCCUGGAUGAGUCGUCCGCUCGCAAAGGGUUAGCCUUUCGCCUGCCUCCCCUGUCACAUGAGAAAAAAACGUCGGGGACGAACCCACCUAUGACUGACAGAGAGGGGUCUGGGGACAGUGUGACGAGCGCGAGAAAGGUCGAUGUUGAUGUGGGACGAAGUCCAAGGCUUGGCGGUCGAAUAAAUACCAGAAUUGGUGACAUAUCAAGUUAAGUUAUAGUUAAUACUAUUUAUUGCCAGUCAAGGGCUGUAUGACGACAAUACUCUGUGUUAGCUUGUGCAAACAGAUUUCUUUCUCUCCUUCUCAACUCGAGAGAUGACGGCGUUGGAAUUGGCGCGAAAAAUUCCAUUCUGAUGACGUAGCUCCACAGACAUCGAUGCAGUGGCUGAUUGGUACUUGCUCGUGUUUGAAUUUUCCCGGGUUAGUUACAACCAAUCAGAGCACUUCAAGGAUCUCCGUAAAAUUACGUCAUCAGUGAGGUCUUCCUGACGUCUUUCUCGAGCACGGAAGAACAAAGCGAACAACGAGAAUCUUGAGUUGUCUUAGAGGAUGUCCUGGAUUGCGUAUUUGUCGAUGAGCCACAAAUAUGUGCUUUUUACCACGGAGAGAUUUACACUGGUCUCGGUAGGGAAACAAAAAGGUUCACGAGGACUUAUCUUAGAAAGAAACCAGUUAUAGAGAAAAGCAGUCAGAUUAUAAUGAAGUUUGGAUAUUUUGUAAAAGUGAAAUUUGGUGGGCUUACUCCAUAGUACAUUUAGUCAAACUAACAUGGGAAAUAUUUUAAACAGGCUCAAAAUUUAAGCUUAAACUUGUAGUUUUUAUUGCACGAGGCUAUGGUUAAAAUUGUCAACAAAAACAGUCAUCGUAGCUGUUAAAUAUGUAACAACUGAAGAGGUGGCAAAGAAAUCUGGAAACCAAUCAGGCUUCAACGAAAUGAACCCAAGAACUUUGUGAUGUCAGUACACCGCCGUGGUACUGAGUUGUGAAUCAAUAGGAGUUGGUAAAUUGAGAACUCUGUAUUCGAGAAAUGAUGAAUACACCGGUAUCAGAUAAUGUGUUUAAAUUUCAAUUUAGCUCUUGAAAAACGAUACAAAUUUAUAGCAUGAAAAAAAAAAUGAAAUAAAUAGUCUAAAAAAUUAAAUAAUCCCACCGAAAAAGUCUUUUAAACAAUUAAAAGCGAAGGACUUGCUGGUGAAUGUGGCUACAGAUGGCAUAGUUUUUUUGAAUCCAAGUUAAAGCCUGGUUCUUUUCCAUGUUUGAGCUUCCUUUGCAACUGCACAAGCUUGUUGUUGUUACGUGACUGUCAGAAUACAAAAGAGAUGUAUCUUUUUCCCUUAAAUCUUGUAAUUUUGAUACUCUGGUUACAAGCGUAUUAGACAAUUAUAUGGGUAGAACAUGGA